AUGGUGUCGGAAGGGUCCAUAUUCACCAAGCUGGACCUAAGGGAUGCCUACUUCCGAGUGCGAAUCAAAGAGGGUGAUGAAUGGAAGACAGCAUUUAACAUGCCAAUGGGGCAGUUCGAGGGGUUCAUUCAAGGGUUCGCCCAAGUGAUGUUGCCCCUAACGGAUUUACUAAAGACCAAAGUGAAAGGCCCGGAAGCAAAAAGGCCAGGAGCCAAGCUGAAAUGGUCCCCAGCAUGUCAGAAAGCAUUUGAAAAGCUUAAGCACUUGUUCACAAAUACCGGGUGCUCGCGCGCGGGCGGAGACGACUGGGAUGCUGACAAAGAGGAGGGCCGAGUCCCCGGGAGCGGGGACCCAACACAAGCACUCCGCAACGAGCUGUUCCAGUGGGUGAGAGAGAUACACGACCAGGUCCACGAGACCCGUAUCCAGAUGGCAGAAGAAAUGCAGCUGCAGCUGGGCGCAAUCCGCGAUCAGAUCCACACCCUGCAAGGAGCCGUGCCGGUGGGGCCAGCCGGGCCCCCCGGUGGAGGACUCGCCCCGCCCGGACUGCCCAUUGGGGGAGCCCCUGCGGCUCCAGUUGACGGGGCGCCAGGGCAACCCGCGGCACCCCCCGAUGGGGGAGGAGGAGGCCCGGUUGGGCUGCCCGUGCCCGCACCGCAGGCCCCGGUCGCCCCAGCGGGCCUGGCCGCGCCAGCAGCUCCGGCCGCACCGGCGGCCCCGGCUGCCCCCGUGGCCCCGAUGCCACCUCAGCUGCUGCCGGCGGGCCCGCCGCCAGCACCCCCCGCCGCCCCGGGGGGGGGAGACGGCGGGAGACCGCACGAGUUGCAGAUCACAUUCGAUAAGGACGGGGACGAACCCGAGCUAGCCACGGUGGCGGAAUUCCUCCAAGCGAUGCUGCCGCAGUACGGGGAUCCCCUGCGGGAGGAAAAAGCCAUCGAAGCCCUCCAGAGAAUCGAGCAGGGGAACCGCACCACCCGAGAGUACGCCACCAAGUUCAUGACCCACUGUGCGGCGCUAAAACCGUUCGUGGUGCAAUGCGACGCCUCCGACGUCGCGGUGGCGGCAAUAUUAAUGCAACGGGACGACGAGGGGGGGCUCCGACACUGUGCGUACAUUUCCCACAAGUUUUCAAAUGAGCAGAGGAACUGGUCCGUGUGGGACAAAGAGGCUUUUGCGGUCACGUUCGCGCUCAAGACCUGGCGAUCGUGGCUGGAGGGAGCCCGGAUCCCGUUCGAGAUCUGGACGGACCACAAAAACCUAGAGGCGCUAACCGGCCAGCUGGCGAGCGGGGUCACCACCAGAUCAGGGGAAAAGACAGGGAUCCCAGAGCCGAGAGAAAAAGGACGCUUCGUGGCCGAAACGGAGGCGGAGGGAGGGGAACGGCCCGAAGGAGUGGAGAAGGGAGAAAGGGGGCUCUGGUACCACAACGGGAAGAUCUAUGUACCAAAAAACCUACGAGGGGAGGUGCUAGAACAGUGCCACUCGAGCCGCCUAGCGGGGCACUUUGGCUACGUAAAGACGCUGAACUUGAUCACCCGGCAGUUUUGGUGGCCACAACUGAAAAGGGACGUGUCGGAGUCAGUGCCAAAGCACUACCAGAGCGUGCUGGCCUUAGUAUUUGCUAUAAAAGAGAUCAAUGAGAAUCCUGACUUCUUGCCAAACAUCACUUUGGGUUUUCAUAUCCUCAACUGCAACUACCUUGCACAGAUAACCUACAAGGCCAGUCUGAGCCUGCUUUCCACACACCAAAAUUUUGUUCCCAAUUUUAAGUGUGAUUUUCAGAAAAACACAAUGGCUGUCAUUGGAGGAUUUCUUCCUGAAACCUCUGUCCAUAUGGCCACCUUUUCAUCCAUUUACAAAAUUCCACAGCUCACAUAUGGAUCGUUUUUCCCAAGGCAAGAUGACCAAAUGCUGUUCUCUUCUUUGUACCAAAUGGUCCCAAAUGAAGCACUUCAGUACAUAGGAAUAAUACGUUUACUUCACCAUUUCAGAUGGACAUGGAUUGGUCUCAUUGCUGUUGAUAAUGACAAUGGGGACAGAUUUUUACAGGCUAUGGUUCCUUUGCUUUCACAGAAUAAGGUUUGUUACUCUUUUAUAUUACGAACACCAAAAAAGACAUAUAAGGAUGAGUUUAUAACAUUGCUUUAUAGGUUGCAGGAAAAGUAUCCUGUUCUUGUAGAGAGCAAAGCCACUGUAUAUGUUGUAUAUGGAGAGCCUCCAACACUACACAUUUUGAGAAUCCUGCUCUAUGCAUCAGAAUACCUGCCCCUUGGAGGUAAAGUAUGGAUCGUUACAUCUCACUGGGAUUUUGAAUCUCUGUCCAUACAAAAGUUCUGGGAUAUCGAAACCUUCCAUGGUGCCAUAUCUUUUACAGUUCACUCCAAUCAGCCCCCCGGAUUCCAAAAAUUCCUCCAGAUCAUAAGACCUUUCUGGGCUCCAGGAGAUGGUUUUAUCCAGGAAUUUUGGGAGCAAGCCUUCAGCUGUUCUCUGAGAAAUUCCAGUCUGCUUGAGGAGAAUGAGAGGAUGUGCACCGGGGAGGAGAAGCUGGAGAGCCUUCCAGGGUUUUUGUUUGAAAUGCAAAUGACUGGCCACAGCUACAAUGUCUAUAAUGCUGCCUAUGCUGUGGCAUAUGCUUUGUAUGCUUUCUACAUUUCCAGAUUUAAACAUGGAAAAUUGAGUGAAGGAAGCCACAAGACAUUUCAGAAUUUGCAUCCAUGGGAGCUCCAUCAGUUUCUAAGAGACAUUUCCUUCAAUAACAGUGCUGGGGAUACUGUGCAGUUUAAUGAAAAUGGUGAAUUAGUGGAAGGUUUUGAUAUUACAAACUGGAUAACUUUCCAAAAUGGAUCCUUUGUGAGAGGAAAAAUAGGAAGACUGGACCCUCAGGCUCCUCAAGGCCAAGAGUUCACAUUUAAUAAUGAUCUAAUUGUCUGGCAUAGAAGCUUCAACCAGAUUCUGCCACUUUCUGUGUGCAAUGACAAUUGCUAUCUGGGAUACAGCAGGAAGAAGAAGGAGGGAGAGGAAUUUUGCUGCUAUGACUGUGUUCCAUGUCCAGAAGGAAUGAUCUCUGAUCAAAUGGACAUGGAUGCCUGCGUCAAAUGUCCAGAUGACCACUAUUCCAAUAAGGACCAAAAUCAAUGCAUUCCUAAAUUGAUAACCUUCCUUUCUUACAAAGAACCUCUAGGGAUAAUCUUAAUUAUAUUGGCUAUUUCUUUUUCUGUGAUCAUAGCUUUUGUGCUCGGAACAUUCAUGAAGUUCCAAGACACUCCCAUAGUCAAAGCCAACAACCAAAGCCUAACAUACAUUUUCCUCAUCUCACUCCUGCUUUGCUUCCUCUGCUCUUUCCUUUUCAUUGGAAAGCCAGGGAAGGUGACCUGCCUUCUCCAACAAAUUGCUUUUGGUAUCAUCUUCUCGGUAGCCCUCUCCAGUGUGUUGGCCAAGACAAUCACAGUAGUUCUGGCAUUCAUGGCUACCAAACCAGGAUCCAGUGUGAGGAAAUGGGUAGGGAAAAAAAUGGCAAACUCUAUUAUCAUUUUCUGCUCCUUGAUGCAAGCAGGGAUUUGUACUCUUUGGCUAAGCACUUCGCCACCAUUCCCAGAUACAGACAUCCACUCCCUGAAAGAGGAAAUAAUAUUGAAAUGCAAUGUGGGCUCAACUGCCAUGUUUUACUGUGUCAUGGGCUAUCUGGGAUUCCUUGCCAUUAUCAGCUUGACUGUGGCUUUCUUUGCCAGGAAAUUACCUGAUAGUUUCAAUGAAGCCAAAUUUAUCACCUUCAGCAUGUUGGUCUUUUGCAGUGUUUGGCUAUCCUUCAUUGCAUCCUACCUGAGCACAAAAGGAAAAUCCAUGGUGGCUGUGGAGAUCUUCUCCAUCUUAGCUUCUACUGCCGGUUUAUUGGGAUGCAUAUUUUUCCCUAAAUGCUACAUCAUUAUUCUAAGGCCUGAUAUGAAUAAGAGGGAGCAAUUAAUAAAAAGGAAAACAUGA